CCCACCAAAUCUAUAUGCGUAUCUGACCAACAGUGAUAGAGACGUCAAACAUGAGAGCUGCUUCUUUGACAACAAGAUAGCUAUGAAAGAGACCAUUGGAAUCAAGCGUCCUCAUGCACCAAACUAUGAUAAGAAUUACAUUAUAGUGCCGAGAUGGCUAAGUGUCAUGUACAACACCAUAUUCUUCAGCACCUGCAUACUUCAUCCGAAUUCGAAGAAGAACGAUUCCGACCAUUUCUGCAUCGAUUGUCUUCUCCCUUUGUGCUUCAAUUGUCUCCCUUCUCAUGUGUGUCACAAGCAUAUUAAGAUUCGAAGAUACAUUUACAGUGAUGUGAUUAAUCGGCAAGACUUGUGCAAGCUCUUCAAUUGUUCCGGUAUACAGACGUAUCAUACAAAUAAAGCCAAAGUGGUAUUCUUGAAGCAACGACGAAAACAACAGCAACAACAACAAAAUAGUUCAAAGGAAUACAGAUGUAUAAUCUGCCACAGGAGUUUGCAGGAUAAUUCACGCUAUUGCAGUAUAGCUUGCAAGGUUUCAGCGAUAUACGGAGAUGACCGCAAGCGAAGAAUCGCCUACAAGGAUAAAGAUGGAGACCUAAAGUACUGUUUUCAAGAGGGAACUGAUCAUGAAGAAUACCUUGCUAAUUUACCAUUUCCAAAGAGGCACAAACUAAGAAGAAAAGGAGUUCCUCUACGCUCUCCCUUGUUCUGA